UUUCGCAAAUGCGUUUUAAAAAUAACAAAUAGAGAUAUCUAGAUACGGCACUUUUCUUGGUUAUUAGAAUAUUUUGAUAAAUAUGUGCCUUAAAGCUGUCAAAUCCAUGCCUGGUUUAUGAACAAAUCAACCUUGACAUUGUAAGCCAGGUUCAUCUUACCCAGGGAAGAGCAAUGGCUGCGUUACGAAAGUCGUGUAGUGCUCUGCUAAAUUCUCUACCAAAACGCUAUGGUAGAGUAGCAAAAUCCACCGCUGCUCAAUUUCAGGAUGAAAGUGCUGCUCCUGUUAGAAAAGAAAUAGGGGAGGUGAACAACAUGAUGGAGAUAGGAACAAGGAGAAUAUUUGCAGAAGAGCAUGACAUGUUCCGUCAGACAGCGAGGAGGUUCUUUCAGGAAGAAAUAUUACCUUACCAUUCAGAGUGGGAGAAGAACAAAGAAAUAAGCAGAGAGGCUUGGGAGUCAGCUGGCACCACAGGACUUCUAGGAGUGAAUACUGCAGAGGAACAUGGAGGCAUAGGAGGAGACUUCCUGUCAGCAGCCAUUGUAUGGGAGGAACAGUCUUAUGUGAACUGCUCAGGACCAGGGUUCUCCCUGCACUCAGACAUCGUGAUGCCUUACAUCACUAGGUAUGGCACCAAGGCCCAGAUUGACAAGUUCAUUCCCAUGCUCACUGCAGGGAAGUGGAUUGGGGCCAUCGCCAUGACGGAGCCAGGAGCUGGAAGUGACUUACAGGGUGUUAAGACCAAUGCCAAGAGGGACGGAGACGAUUGGAUCCUUAAUGGCAGUAAAGUGUUCAUCACCAAUGGUUAUCUGGCUGAUGUUGUCAUUGUUGUUGCCGUCACCAACCCAGAGGCCAAAUCCAAGGCCCACGGCAUCAGUCUGUUCCUGGUGGAGGCAGGAAUGCCAGGGUUCAAGAAGGGAAAGAAAUUGGAGAAGAUGGGAUAUAAGGCCCAGGACACAGCAGAACUGUUCUUUGAAGAUGUCCGCAUUCCUAAGGAGAACCUUCUGGGAGAAGCCAACAAGGGUUUCUAUUACCUGAUGCAGGAGUUGCCCCAGGAGCGUCUGUUGAUAGCAGACAUGGGGAUUGCCCUGUGUGAGUGGAUGUUUGAGGAGACCAGGGCCUAUGUCAGGCAGAGGAAGGCAUUUGGAAAGACAAUUUCAAGCUUACAGACUAUCCAGCACAAGCUGGCUGAGAUGAAGACAGAGAUAUGUGUAGGAAGAUCCUUCAUGGAUCAGUGCCUGGAAAUCCACCAGAACAGAGGCUGUGAUAGCUUCUCUGCCUCCAUGGCCAAAUACUGGCUAACAGACCUGCAGUGUUCUGUGGCUGACAGGUGUGUGCAGAUGCACGGAGGCUGGGGCUACAUGUGGGAGUAUCCAAUCGCACGUGCCUUCGUCGACUCCCGUGUGCAACCCAUCUACGGCGGCACCAAUGAAAUAAUGAAGGAGCUUAUCGCCAGGUCUAUCGUAUCAGAUAUUUAAGUGAUCCAGAAGGACUUGAUGCAGUUCUGAAUUCAAAAGAGAAAGAAACGGUUGUAAGAUAUUGUUAAGGCAGUACUGUGACUGAUGCAUAAUGACGUGGAUUCAGAGGGACUGUAUACAGUAAAAUAAAUAAACAAAAAAAAAAAA